AUGGGAAGAGCUCCAGUCUUCUCAAAGAGCCCAGCCUCUGCCAGCCCCGACUCACUAUAUGGGAUAGGUAGUGUCAGCCCCCUCCCUUGGGUAUGUCUGACCCACCUUCAGGUCCGAGGAGCUGCAGGUGUGACUGACGGAAAUGAAGUGGCCAAGGCCCAGCAGAAAGCUCCUAGGGGAGCAGCCCCAACUGUCUUCUCCCGGAUCCUGGAUCGAAGUCUCCCAGCUGACAUUCUAUAUGAGGACCAGCAGUGUCUCGUAUUCCGUGAUGUGGCCCCUCAAGCUCCUGUGCAUUUCCUGGUCAUUCCUAAGAAGCCCAUUCCUCGGAUUAGCCAGGCUGAAGAAGAGGACCAGCAGCUUCUAGGACACCUUCUCCUUGUGGCCAAGAAGACAGCAAAGGCUGAGGGCCUGGGAGAUGGAUACCGACUUGUGAUCAAUGACGGGAAGCUGGGCGCACAGUCUGUGUAUCAUCUGCACAUUCAUGUACUUGGGGGCCGACAGCUCCAGUGGCCUCCAGGUUGAACCUACCAACUGACCAAGAACCUCAGACCUGGAUGCUUGGAGGGUGGGGGGAAAGGGACCCUAUGAUGCUAAUAAACUUACUCUCCCUCGA